AUGGCGCUGGAUCCGCGCUUCUACCACCACAUCGGCCAUCCGGGCCCCGGUUCCAUUUCAUCAGCCGCUUCAUCCGAUUUAUCAGCCGCAACGGGCAUCACCUCACCCAGCAUAAUAUCCACCUCCGCUUCCGCCGCGACCCUCCGAUCUACAGCUUCGAGUCCCUCGUUCCGCGCGCGCGACGGCUUCGCGAUAAGAGAUGGAAUGGCGAGCCCGACACCAGGCGGCAAUGUGCGCGUUGUCGUGCGCGUGCGCAAAUUCUUGCCUCGUGAAAUCGAGCGCAACGCCCAUUGUUUGAUUUCAAUGGAUCCCACUACUCAGAUGACUUGCUUGCAAGCGCCGAAACCAAAACCAGGCGAUGCGGGGAAACCCAAGUCUCAGGCGCGUGGGAAGGUGUUGGAGGAUAAGUCUUUUACUUUUGAUAAUUCGUUUUGGUCUCAUGAUGAGGAAGAUGAACAUUACGCACACCAGGAGGACGUUUAUAACUCGCUUGGCGAAGAGUUUCUCGAUCACAACUUUGAAGGAUACCAUACGUGUAUCUUUGCAUAUGGCCAGACCGGUUCGGGAAAGAGUUACACCAUGAUGGGAACGCCAGAGAGGCCCGGAUUGAUCCCGAGGACUUGCGAGGAUUUGUUCCAGCGCAUUGAGAGCUCGCCUUCACCCGACAUCAGCUACAACGUCCGAGUGUCCUAUUUCGAAGUAUACAACGAACAUGUACGAGAUCUUCUAGUCCCACGGGCGGAUCCCCCGCAUUAUCUUCGCAUUCGUGAAUCGCCGUCCGAGGGUCCAUAUGUCAAAGAUCUGACGGAAGUGACUGCGAGAAAUUACGCCGAGUUGAUGAAAUUUAUGCGGAAGGGCGACAUGUCACGUACCACGGCCAGCACGAAGAUGAACGAUACUUCCUCCCGAUCACAUGCCGUCUUCACUAUCACCUUAAAACAAAUUCAUCACGAUCUUUCAACAGAUGAAACAACAGAGCGCACGGCUCGCAUCCGGCUGGUUGACCUGGCAGGUUCCGAACGUGCCAAGUCCACAGAAGCGACUGGCGCCAGACUUCGCGAGGGCGCAAAUAUCAACAAAUCCUUGACCACCCUUGGCCGUGUCAUUGCGGCUCUCGCGGACCCCAAAAAGAUUCGCGGACCGCGAAAAGGGAAAGAGCUGGUACCUUAUCGUGACUCAAUUCUUACAUGGCUUUUGAAAGAUAGUCUGGGUGGCAACUCUAAAACCGCGAUGAUUGCCUGUAUCGCACCUGCAGACUACGAGGAGACACUGUCCACUCUUCGCUAUGCGGAUCAGGCCAAGAACAUUCGCACCAGGGCACGGGUCAAUCAAGAUCAAAUGUCGGCAGCUGAACGUGAUCAACAGAUUGCGGAAAUGACUGAGACAAUCCGCACUCUUCAACUUAGUGUCAGCCAAGCAGCUGCCAGCCAACGAGCCAACGAAGCAUCUGAUGAAAAACUUGAGCAGUAUCAGCAGAAAGUGGAGAAGAUGCAGCGACUCAUGGAGGAAAACAACAUGGUCAGCGAGUGCAAGAUCCGACAACUGCAAACAGAAAACGAGGCCUUGCGCAUGCAUCUCAAAUUGGCCGUCGAAAGUCUUAAGAACCCAAUCCCAGCUGUGCCUCUUGAAUCGCGGAAACCCAGUCUUGUAUCAUUGUCAGAUGAGAACCAACCACAUUAUGAUCCCGAGGACCGCGAAGGAUCCCCUGCUGUAUCCGAUACAGAGUCGGAUAUGGAUUUCUGGGAAGAUGAUGACACUGUGACGGAAGAUGCGAAUGAACACGAAGCCCAACGAAUGCAGUCUUACAUGCAUGACCUCCUUGGGGAGCUCACUGUAUUCAAGCGGAAGUUGGCUACAGACCAUGAGCGAUUCCGUCCCGCAGAGGAGCCUAUGACUCGCAAGCGACGUGCAUUGGCACCCAUUUCCAGCAACCGUUAA